AGUGACAACAGUGACAACAGUGAUAACAUUGACAAGGGUGACAACGGUGACAACGGCGACAAAAGUAACAACAGUGACAACGGCGACAACAGUGACAAGAGGUACAAAAGUGACAAUGGUGACAAGGGUGACAACAGUGACAACAAUGACAAGAGUGACAACGGUGACAACAGUGACAACGGUGACAACAGUGACAAGUGUCACAAGAGGGACAACAGUGACAACAGUGACAACAGUGAUAACAUUAAGAAUGGUGACAACGGUGACACAGUGACAAAAGUGAAAAAAAGUGACAACGGUGACAACAGUGACAACAGUUACAAGAGUGACAAGAGUGACAAUGGUGACAAGGGUGACAACAGUGACAACAGUGACAACAGUGAAAACGGUGACAACAGUCAUAACAGUGACAACAGUGACAACGGUGACACCAGUGACAACUGUCACAACAGUGAAAGCAGUGGCAACAGUGAAAAGAGUGACAACAGUGACAAUGGUGAUAACAGUGAAAACGGUAACAACAGUGACAACGGUGACAACAGUGACAAUGGUGAUAACGGUGACAACAGUGACAACGGUAACAACAGUGACAACAGUGACAACAGUGACAGCGGUGAUUAAUGUGACAACGGUGACAACGGUGAAGGAGGGACAACAGUGACAACAGUGACAACAGUGACAACAGAAACAACAGUGACAACGGUUACAACAGUGAAAACGGUGACAACAGUAACAACGGUGGCAACAGUGACAACGGUGACAAAUGGGACAGCGGUGAACACACUGACAACAGUGACAAAAGCAACAACAGUGACAACGGUUAUAACGGUAACACCAGUAACAACGGUGACAACAGUGACAAAGGUGACAACAGCAACAACAGUGACAACGGUUAUAACAAUAACAACAGUGAAAACUGUGACAACAGUGAUACCAGUGAGAAGGGUGACAACGGUAACAAUGGUGACAAAAGGGACAACAGUGACAAGAGUGACAACAGUGACAAUGGUGACACGCGUGACAACAGUGACAACGGUGACAAGAGUCACAACGGCGACAAUGGUGACAACACUGACAACAGUGACAACUGUCACAACAGUGACAACGGUGAGAUUGGUGACAAUAGUGACAACAGUGAAAACGGUGACAACAGUGACAACGCUGACAUUAGUGACAACAGCGACAACAGUGACAACAAUGACAACGGUGACAACAGGAACAACAGUGACAACGGUUACAACGGUCACAACAGUGACAACGGUGAAAACAGUGACUACAGCAACAACAGUGACAACAGUGACAAAUGUGACAACGGUGACAACAGUGACCACAGUAACAACGCUGACAAAAGUGACAACGAUAACAACAGUGACAACGGUGACAACAGUGAAAAAAGUGUCAACGGUUAAACCAGUGACAACGGUGACAACAGUGACAACGCUGCCAACGGUGACAACCCUCACAACGGUGACAACAGUAACAAAGGUGACAACGGGGACAUCAGUAACAACAGUAAAAACGGUGUCAACAGCGACAACAGUUACAAGAGUUACAACGGUGAAUACAGUGACAACGGUGACAACAGCAAAAACAUUGGCAACGGUUACAACGGUGACAACAGUCACAACGGUGACAACAGUGAUAACAUUGACAAGGGUGACAACGGUGACAAAGGCGACAAAAGUAACAACAGUGAAAACGGCGACAACAGUGACAACAGUGACAAGAGGUACAAAAGUGACAAUGGUGACAAGGGUGACAACAGUGACAACAUUGACAACAGUGACAACGGUGACAACAGUGACAACGGUGAUAACAGUGACAACAGUGACAACGGCGACAAAAGUGACACCGGUAACAACAGUGACAACAGUGACAAGAGGUACAAAAGUGACAAUGGUGACAAGGGUGACAACAAUGACAACAGUGACAACUGUCACAAGAGUGACAACAGUGACAAGAGUGAUAACAUUGAGAAUGGUGACAACGGUGACACAGUGACAAAAGUGAAAAAAAGUGAAAACGGUGACAACAGUGACAACAGUUACAAGAGUGACAAGAGUGACAAUGGUGACAAGGGUGGGAACAGUGAAAACGGUGACAACAGGGACAACUGUCACAACAGUGAAAACAGUGACAACAGUGAAAAGAGUGACGACAGUGUAAAAGGUGAUAACAGUGAAAACGGUAACAACAGUGACAACGUUGACAACAGUGACAAUGGUGAUAACGGUGACAACAGUGACAACGGUAACAACAGUGACAACAGCGACAACAGUGACAACGGUGACCAAUGUGACAACGGUGACAAGAGUGACAACGGUGACAACAAUGACAACGGUGACAACAGAAACAACAGUGACAACGGUUACAACAGUGUUAACGGUGACAACAGUAACAACGGUGACAACGGUGGCAACAGUGACAACGGUGACAACAGUGACAACGGUGACAACAGCAACAACAGUGACAACGGUUAUAACGGUAACAACAGUGACUACGGUGACAACAGUAACAAAGGUGACAACAGAACAACAGUGACAACGGUUAUAACGGUGACAACAGUGAAAACUGUGACAACAGUGAUACCAGUGAGAAGGGUGACAACGGUAACAAUGGUGACAAAAGUGACAACAGUGACAACAGUGACAACAGUGACAAUGGUGACAACCGUGACAACAGUGACAACGGUGACAAGAGUGACAACGCUGACAAUGGUGACAACAGUGACAACAGUGACAACUGUCACAACAGUGACAACGGUGAGAUUGGUGACAACAGUGACAAUGUGAAAACAGUAAGAACAGUGAGAACGUCGACAAAAGUGAAAACGGUAACAACAGUGAAAACAGUGAAAACAGUGACAACAGUAACAACAGUGACAACGCUGACAUUAGUAACAACAGCGACAACAGUGACAACAGUGACAACGGUGACAACAGCAACAACAGUGACAACGGUUACAACGGUCACAACAGUGACAACGGUGACAACAGUGACAAAAGCAACAACAGUGACAACAGUGAAAAAGGUGACAACGGUGACAACAGUGACCACAGUAACAACGCUGACAAAAGUGACAACGAUAACAACAGUGACAACGCUGACAACAGUGAAAACAGUGACAACGAUAAAACCAGUGACAACGGUGACAACAGUGACAACGCUGCCAACGGUGACAACCCUGACAACUGUGACAACAGUAACAAAGGUGACACCGGUGACAUCAGUUACAACGAGGACAACAGUAACAACAGUAAAAACGGUGUCAACAAGGACAACAGCGACAACAGUUACAAGAGUGACAACAGUGACAACAGUGACAACGGUGAAAUCAGCAACAACAGUGCCAACAGUUACAACGGUGACAACGUUGACAACACUGACAACAGUGACAAGAGGUACAACAGUAAAAAUGGUGACAACGGUGACAAUAGUGACAACGGUGAAAACAGUAAGAACAGUGACAACGGUGCCUACAGUGACAACGGCGACAACAGUGACAACUGUCACAACAGUGACAACAGUGAUAACAGUGAUAACAUUGAGAAUGGUGACAACAGUGACACAGUGACAAAGUGAAAAAAAGUGACAACGGUGACAACAGUGACAACAGUUACAAGAGUGACAAGAGUGACAAUGGUGAAAACAGUGACAACGGUGACAACGGUGACAACGGUGACAAAAGCAACAACAGUGACACCGGUGACCACAGUGACAACGGUGACAACAGUGCCAAUGUGGACAACAGGGACAACAGUGACAACGGUGACAAAUGUGACAAUGGUGACAAUGGUGACCACAGUGACGACAGUGACAACAGUGAAAACUGUGACGACAGUGACACCAGGAAGAAGGGUGACAACGGUGACAACGGGGAAAACGGUGACAACAGUGAAAAUGGUGACAACAGUGACAACGGUGACAACAGUGACAAUGGUGACAACGGUGACAACGGUGACAACAGUGACAACAGCAACAACAGUGACAACGGUGACAAAUGUGACAACGGUGACAAAAGUGACAACAGCAACAACAGUAAAAAAAGUGACAAAUGUGACAACGGUGACAACAGUGACCGCAGUAACAACGCUGACAAAAGUGACAACGAUAACAACAGUGAUAACGGUGACAACAGUGAAAACAGUGACAACGGUAAAACCAGUGACAACGGUGAAAACAGUGACAACGCUGCCAACGGUGACAACCCUGACAACGGUGACAACAGUAACAAAGGUGACAACAGUGACAUCAGUGACAACAGUAACAACAGUAAAAACGGUGUCAACAACGACAACAGCGACAACAGUUACAAGAGUGACAACGGUGACAACAGUGACAACGGUGACAACAGCAACAACAGUGACAACGGUUAUAACGGUAACAACAGUGACUACGGUGACAACAGUAACAAAGGUGACAACAGAACAACAGUGACAACGGUUAUAACGGUGACAACAGUGAAAACUGUGACAACAGUGAUACCAGUGAGAAGGGUGACAACGGUAACAAUGGUGACAAAAGUGACAACAGUGACAACAGUGACAACAGUGACAAUGGUGACAACCGUGACAACAGUGACAACGGUGACAAGAGUGACAACGCUGACAAUGGUGACAACAGUGACAACAGUGACAACUGUCACAACAGUGACAACGGUGAGAUUGGUGACAACAGUGACAAUGUGAAAACAGUAAGAACAGUGAGAACGUCGACAAAAGUGAAAACGGUAACAACAGUGAAAACAGUGAAAACAGUGACAACAGUAACAACAGUGACAACGCUGACAUUAGUAACAACAGCGACAACAGUGACAACAGUGACAACGGUGACAACAGCAACAACAGUGACAACGGUUACAACGGUCACAACAGUGACAACGGUGACAACAGUGACAAAAGCAACAACAGUGACAACAGUGAAAAAGGUGACAACGGUGACAACAGUGACCACAGUAACAACGCUGACAAAAGUGACAACGAUAACAACAGUGACAACGCUGACAACAGUGAAAACAGUGACAACGAUAAAACCAGUGACAACGGUGACAACAGUGACAACGCUGCCAACGGUGACAACCCUGACAACUGUGACAACAGUAACAAAGGUGACACCGGUGACAUCAGUUACAACGAGGACAACAGUAACAACAGUAAAAACGGUGUCAACAAGGACAACAGCGACAACAGUUACAAGAGUGACAACAGUGACAACAGUGACAACGGUGAAAUCAGCAACAACAGUGCCAACAGUUACAACGGUGACAACGUUGACAACACUGACAACAGUGACAAGAGGUACAACAGUAAAAAUGGUGACAACGGUGACAAUAGUGACAACGGUGAAAACAGUAAGAACAGUGACAACGGUGCCUACAGUGACAACGGCGACAACAGUGACAACUGUCACAACAGUGACAACAGUGAUAACAGUGAUAACAUUGAGAAUGGUGACAACAGUGACACAGUGACAAAGUGAAAAAAAGUGACAACGGUGACAACAGUGACAACAGUUACAAGAGUGACAAGAGUGACAAUGGUGAAAACAGUGACAACGGUGACAACGGUGACAACGGUGACAAAAGCAACAACAGUGACACCGGUGACCACAGUGACAACGGUGACAACAGUGCCAAUGUGGACAACAGAGACAACAGUGACAACGGUGACAAAUGUGACAAUGGUGACAAUGGUGACCACAGUGACGACAGUGACAACAGUGAAAACUGUGACGACAGUGACACCAGGAAGAAGGGUGACAACGGUGACAACGGGGAAAACGGUGACAACAGUGAAAAUGGUGACAACAGUGACAACGGUGACAACAGUGACAAUGGUGACAACGGUGACAACGGUGACAACAGUGACAACAGCAACAACAGUGACAACGGUGACAAAUGUGACAACGGUGACAAAAGUGACAACAGCAACAACAGUAAAAAAAGUGACAAAUGUGACAACGGUGACAACAGUGACCGCAGUAACAACGCUGACAAAAGUGACAACGAUAACAACAGUGAUAACGGUGACAACAGUGAAAACAGUGACAACGGUAAAACCAGUGACAACGGUGAAAACAGUGACAACGCUGCCAACGGUGACAACCCUGACAACGGUGACAACAGUAACAAAGGUGACAACAGUGACAUCAGUGACAACAGUAACAACAGUAAAAACGGUGUCAACAACGACAACAGCGACAACAGUUACAAGAGUGACAACGGUGACAACAGUGACAACAGUGACAACGGUGAAAACAGCAACAACAGCGACAACAGUUACAAGAGUGACAACAGUGACAACAGUGACAACGGUGACAACAGCAACAACAGUGGCAACAGUUACAACGGUGACAACAGUGACAACAGUGACAACAGUGAAAACAUUGAGAAGGGUGACAACGGUGAAUACGACGACAAAAGUAACACCAGUGACAACGUUGACAACAGUGACAACAGUGACAAGAGGUACAACAGUGACAAUGGUGACAAGCGUGACAAUAGUGACAACGAUGAAAACAGUAAGAACAGUGACAACGGUGCCAACAGUGACAACGGCGAGAACUGUGACAACUGUCACAACAGUGACAACAGUGACAACAGUGAUAACAUUGAGAAUGGUGACAACGGUGACACAUUGACAAAGUGAAAAAAAGUGACAACGGUGACAACAGUGACAAUAGUUACAAGAGUGACAAGAGUGACAAUGGUGAAAACAGUGACAACGGUGACAACGGUGACAACGGUGACAAAAGCAACAACAGUGACACCGGUGACAACAGUGACAACGGUGACAACAGUGCCAACGUGGACAACAGUGACAACAGCGACAACAGUGACAACGGUGACAAAUGUGACAAUGGUGACAAUGGUGACCACAGUGACAACAGUGACAACAGUGAAAACAGUGACGACAGUGACACCAGGGAGAAGGGUGACAACGGUGACAACGGGGAAAACGGUGACAACAGUGACAAUGGUGACAACAGUGACAAUGGUGACAACGGUGACAACAGUCACAACAGCAACAACAGUGACAACGGUGACAACAGUCACAACAGCAACAACAGUGACAACGGUGACAAAUGUGACAAGGGUGACAACAGUGACAACGAUGACAACGGUGACAACGGUGACACCAGAAACAACAGUGACAACGGUUACAACAGUCAAAACGGUGACAACAGUAACAACAGUGACAACAGUGAGAACGGUGACAACAGUGACAACAGUGACAACGGUGACAACAGCGACAACAGUGACACCGGUUAUAACGGUGACAACAGUGAAAACGGUGACAACAGUGAUACCAUUGAGAAGGGUGACAACGGUAACAACGGUGACAAAAGUGACAACAGUGACAAGAGUGACAAUGGUGACAAGGGUGACAACAGUGACAAUAGUGACAACAGUGACAAAAGUAACAACGGUGACAACAGUAACAACUGUGACAACGGUGACAACGGUGACACCACUGACAACAGUGAAAACGGUGUCAACAGCGACAACAGCGACGACAGUGACAAGAGUGACAACGGUGACAACAGUGACAACAGUGACAAUGGCGACAACAGUGACAACAGUGACAACGGUGACAACAGCAAAAACAUUGGCAACGGUUACAACGGUGACAACAGUCACAACGGUGACAACUGUGACAACAGUGAUAACAUUGACAAGGGUGACAACGGUGACAACGGCGACAAAAGUGACAACGGUGACAAAAGUGAAAACAGUGACAAGAGGUACAAAAGUGACAAUGGUGACAAGGGUGACAACACUGAAAACAGUGACAACGGUGACAACAGUGACAACUGUCACAAGAGUGACAACAGUGACAACAGUGACAACAGUGAUAACAUUGAGAAUGGUGACAACGGUAACAACGGUCACAAAAGUGACAAGAGUGACAAUGGUGACAAGGGUGACAACAGUGACAACAGUGACAACAGUGACAACAGUGACAAAAGUAACAACGGUGACAACGGUGACAACAGUGACAACUGUCACAACAGUGACAAUCGUGAGAACGGUGACAACAGUGACAACAGUGACAACGGUGACAACAGUAAGAACAGUGACAAUGGCAACAACAGUGAAAAUGGUGACAACGGUGACAACAGUGACAACGGUGAAGACAGUGACAACGGCGACAACAGUGACAACAGUGACAAUAGUGAAAUCAGCAGAAACAUUGACAACAAUUACAACGGUCACAACAGUAACAACGGUGACAACAGUGACAACAGCAAAAACAAUGAAAACAGUGGCAAAUGUGACAACGGUGACAACAGUGACAACAGUAACAACGGUGACAACAGUCAAAACAGUGACAACGGUGACAACAGUUACAACGAUAACAACAGUGACAAAGAUGACAACAGUAAAAACAGUGACAACAGUAAAAGCAGUGACAACCGUGACAACAGUGACAUCGCUAACAACGGUGACAACAGUAACAACUGUGACAACGGUGACACCAGUGACAACAGUGAAAACGGUGUCAACAGCGAGAACAGCGACAACAGUGACAACGGUGACAACAGUGACAACAGUGACAACGGUGACAACAGUGACAACAGUGACAACGGUGACAACAGUGACAACAGUGACAACAGUGAAAACAUUGAGAAUGGUGACAACGGUAACAAUGGUGACAAAAGUGACAACAGUGACAAGAGGUACAAAAGUGACAAUGGUGACAAGGGUGACAACAGUGACAACAGUGACAACAGUGAUAACAUUGAGAAUGGUGACAACGGUAACAAUGGUGACAAAAGUGACAACAGUGACAAGAGUGACAAUGGUGACAAGGGUAACAACAGUGACAAAAGUGACAACAGUGACAACAGUGACAAAAGUAACAACGGUGACAACUGUGACAACUGUCACAACAGUAACAACCGUGAGAACGGUGACAACAGUGACAACAGUGACAACGGUGACAACAGUAAGAACAGUGACAAUGGCGACAACAGUGAAAACGGUGACAACGGUGAAAACAGUGACAACGGUGAACACAGUGACAACGGCGACAACAGUGACAACAGUGACAACAGUGACAACAGCAACAACAGUGACAACAAUUACAACGGUCACAACAGUAACAACGGUGACAACAGUGACAACAGCAACAACAAUGACAACGGUGACAAAUCUGACAACGGAGACAACAGUGACAACAGUAACAACGGUGACAACAGUCAAAACAGUGACAACGGUGACAACAGUGACAACGAUAACAACAGUGACAACGGUGACAACAAUAAAAGCAGUGACAACGGUAAAACCAGUGACAACCGUGACAACAGUGAACAUGCUAACAACGGUGACAACAGUAACAACUGUGACAACGGUGACACCAGUGACAACAGUGAAAACGGUGUCAACAGCGAGAACAGCGACAACAGUGACAAGAGUGACAACGGUGACAACAGUGACAACAGUGACAACGGUGACAACAGUGACAACAGUGACAACGGUGACAACAACUGACAACUGUCACAAGAGUGACAACAGUGACAACAGUGACAACUGUGAUAACAUUGAGAAUGGUGACAACGGUGACACAGUGACAAAAGUGAAAAAAAGUGAAAACGGUGACAACAGUGACAACAGUUACAAGAGUGACAAGAUUGACAAUGGUGACAAGGGUGACAACAAUGACAAAAGUGACAACAGUGACAAGAGGUACAAAAGUGACAAUGAUGACAAGGGUGACAACAGUGACAACAGUGACAACAGUGACAACAGUGACAACAGUGACAACGGUGACAACACUGACAACUGUCACAAGAGUGACAACAGUGACAACAGUGACAACUGUGAUAACAUUGAGAAUGGUGACAACGGUGACACAGUGACAAAAGUGAAAAAAAGUGAAAACGGUGACAACAGUGACAACAGUUACAAGAGUGACAAGAUUGACAAUGGUGACAAGGGUGACAACAAUGACAAAAGUGACAACAGUGACAAGAGGUACAAAAGUGACAAUGAUGACAAGGGUGACAACAGUGACAACAGUGACAACAGUGACAACAGUGACAACAGUGACAACGGUGACAACAGUGACAACUGUCACAAGAGUGACAACAGUGACAACAGUGACAACUGUGAUAACAUUGAGAAUGGUGACAACGGUGACACAGUGACAAAAGUGAAAAAAAGUGAAAACGGUGACAACAGUGACAACAGUUACAAGAGUGACAAGAGUGACAAUGGUGACAAGGGUGACAACAGUGACAACAGUGACAACAGUGAAAACGGUUACAACAGUCAUAACAGUGACAACAGUGACAACGGUGACACCAGUGACAACUGUCACAACAGUGACAACAGUGACAAGGUUGAAAAGAGUGACAACAGUGACAAUGGUGAUAACAGUGAAAAUGGUAACAACAGUGACAACGGUGACAACAGUGACAACGGUGACAAUGGUGACAAUGGUGAGAACGGUGACAACAGUGACAACAGCAACAACAGUGACAACGGUGACAAAUGUGACAACGGUUACAACAGUCAAAACGGUGACAACAGUUACAACAGUGACAACAGUGACAACGGUGAUAACAGUGACAACAGUCACAACGGUGACAACAGCGACAACAGCAACAACAGUGACAACGGUAAAAACUGGGACAACGGUGACAACAGUGACAAUGGUGACAACAGUGACAACGGUGACAACAGCAACAACAGUGACAACGGUUAUAACGGUGACAACAGUGAAAACGGUGAAAACAGUGAUACCAUUGAGAAGGGUGACAACUGUAACAACGGUAACAAAAGUGACAACAGUGACAAGAGUGACAAUGGUGACAAGGGUGACAACAGUGACAACAGUGACAACAGUGACAACAGUGACAAAAGUAACAACGGUGACAAUGGUGACAACAGUGACAACUGUCACAACAGUGACAACUGUGAGAACAGUGACAACAGUGACAACAGUGACAACGGUGACAACAGUCAAAACAGUAACAACAGUAACAACAGUGACAACAGUGACAACGGUGACAACAGUGCCAACAGUGACAACGGUGACAACAGCGACAACAGCGACAACAGUGACAACGGUAAAAACUGGGAUAAUGGUGACAAGAGUGGCAAUGGUGACAACAGUGACAACGGUGACAACAGCAACAACAGUGACAACGGUUAUAACGGUGACAACAGUGAUACCAUUGAGAAGGGUGACAACUGUAACAACGGUAACAAAAGUGACAACAGUGACAAGAGUGACAAUGGUGACAAGGGUGACAACAGUGACAACAGUGACAACAGUGACAACAGUGACAAAAGUAACAACGGUGACAAUGGUGACAACAGUGACAACUGUCACAACAGUGACAACUGUGAGAACAGUGACAACAGUGACAACAGUGACAACGGUGACAACAGUCAAAACAGUAACAACAGUAACAACAGUGACAACAGUGACAACGGUGACAACAGUGCCAACAGUGACAACGGUGACAACAGCGACAACAGCGACAACAGUGACAACGGUAAAAACUGGGAUAAUGGUGACAAGAGUGGCAAUGGUGACAACAGUGACAACGGUGACAACAGCAACAACAGUGACAACGGUUAUAACGGUGACAACAGUGAUACCAUUGAGAAGGGUGACAACUGUAACAACGGUAACAAAAGUGACAACAGUGACAAGAGUGACAAUGGUGACAAGGGUGACAACAGUGACAAUGGUGACAACAGUGACAACAGUGACAACGGCGACACAAGUGAUAACGGUGACAACAGUGAGAACAGUGACAAGAGGUACAAAAGUGACAAUGGUGACAAGGGUGACAACAGUGACAACAGUGACAACAGUGAUAACAUUGAGAAUGGUGACAACGGUAACAAUGGUGACAAAAGUGACAACAGUGACAAGAGUGACAAUGGUGACAAGGGUAACAACAGUGACAACAGUGACAACAGUGACAAAAGUAACAACGGUGACAACGGUGACAACUGUGACAACUGUCACAACAGUAACAACUGUGAGAACGGUGACAACAGUGACAACAGUGACAAGGGUGACAACAGUAAGAACAGUGACAAUGGCGAAAACAGUGAAAACGGUGACAACGGUGACAACAGUGACAACGGUGAACUCAGUGACAACGGCGACAAAAGUGACAACAGUCACAACAGUGACAACAGCAACAACAGUGACAACAAUUACAACGGUCACAACAGUAACAACGGUGACAACAGUGACAACAGCAACAACAAUGACAACGGUGACAAAUGUGACAACGGAGACAACAGUGACAACAGUAACAACGGUGACAACAGUCAAAACAGUGACAACGGUGACAACAGUGAAAACGAUAACAACAGUGACAACGGUGACGACAGUAAAAACAGUGACAACGGUAAGACCAGUGACAACCGUGACAACAGUGAACAUGCUAACAACGGUGAGAACAGUAACAACUGUGACAACGGUGACAAUGGUGACACCAGUGAAAACAGUGAAACGGCGUCAACAGUGACAACAGCUACAACAGUGACAAGAGUGACAACGGUGACAACAGUGACAACAGUGACAGCGGUGACAACAAUGACAACAGUGACAACGGUGACAACAGCAAAAACAUUGGCAACGGUUACAACGGUGACAACAGUCACAACGGUGACAACAGUGACAACAGUGAUAACAUUGACAAGGGUGACAACGGUGACAACGGCGACAAAAGUAACAAAAGUGACAACGGCGACAACAGUGACAACAGUGACAAGAGGUACAAAAGUGACAAUGGUGACAAGGGUGACAACAAUGACAACAGUGACAACGGUGACAACAGUGACAACGGUGACAACAGUGACAACAGUGAUAACAUUGAGAAUGGUGACAACGGUGACACAGUGACAAAAGUGAAAAAAAGUGACAACGGUGACAACAGUUACAAGAGUGACAAGAGUGACAAUGGUGACAAGGGUGACAACAGUGACAACAGUGAAAACGGUGACAAGAGUCAUAACAGUGACAACAGUGACAACGGUGACACCAGUGACAACUGUCACAACAGUGAAAACAGUGACAACAGUGAAAAGAGUGACAACAGUGACAAUGGUGAUAACAGUGAAAACGGUAACAACAGUGACAACGGUGACAACAGUGACAAUGGUGAUAACGGUGACCAAUGUGACAACGGUGACAAGAGUGACAACGGUGACAACAGUGACAAUGGUGACAACAGAAACAACAGUGACAACGGUUACAACAAUGAAAACGGUGACAACAGUAACAACGGUGACAACGGUGGCAACAGUGACAACGGUGACAACAGUGACAACGGUGACAACAGUGACAACGGUGACAAAUGGGACAGCGGUAAACACACUGACAACAGUGACAACAGCAACAACAGUGACAACGGUUAUAACGGUAACAACAGUGACAACGGUGACAACAGUGACAACAGCAACAACAGUGACAACGGUUAUAACGGUGACAACAGUGACAACAGUGACAACGGUGAGAACAGCAACAACAGUGGCAACAGUUACAACGGUGACAACAGUGACAUUAGUGACAACAGUGAAAACAUUGAGAAGGGUGACAACGGUGACAACGACGACAAAAGUAACAACACUGACAACGUUGACAACAGUGACAACAGUGACAAGAGGUACAACAGUGACAAUGCUGACAAGGGUGACAAUAGUGACAACGGUGAAAACAGUAAGAACAGUGACAACGGUGCCAAGAGUGACAACGGCGACAACAGUGACAACUGUCACAACAGUGACAACAGUGACAACAGUGAUAAGAUUGAGAAUGGUGACAACAGUGACACAGUGACAAAGUAAAAAAAAAGUGACAACGGUGACAACAGUGACAACAGUUACAAGUGUGACCAGAAUGACAAUGGUGACAACAGUGCCAACGUGGACAACAGUGACAACAGCGACAACAGUGACAACGGUGACAAAUGUGACAAUGGUGACAAUGGUGACCACAGUGACAACAGUGACAACAGUGAAAACAGUGACGACAGUGACACCAGAGAGAAGGGUGACAACGGUGACAAAUGUGACAACGGUGACAACAGUGACGACGAUGACAACGGUGACAACGGUGACACCAGAAACAACAGUGACAACGGUUACAACAGUCAAAACGGUGACAACAGUAACAACAGUGACAACAGUGAGAACGGUGACAACAGUGACAACAGUGAGAACGGCGACAACAGUGACAACUGUCACAAGAGUGACAACAGUGACAACAGUGACAACAGUGAUAACAUUGAGAAUGGUGACAACGGUAACAACGGUGACAAAAGUAACAACAGUGACAAGAGUGACAAUAGUGACAAGGGUGACAACAGUGACAACAGUGACAACAGUGACAAAAGUAACAACAGUGACAACGGUGACAACAGUGAC